GGAAGAAAAAUUGCAGAAAACAUGAAGGCCACUUGUCUCCAGCUAAACUAGGCAAACAGAGUAUUGACUGCCAGCUGGUUCAUAGCAGAAGCCUGUUUUCUGCACACUACCAGCUUAUUCUUAAGCUGAGAGAGAAAAUCUGAAGGAGAUGGAACAGGAGAGCUUUUUCCAAUCAUAAGAUUCUUUCUUUUUCAGUUCGGAUCUCUACUUCGGGUUUUCGGAUGCUCCGGUUUUAGUACUCUUUUCACUAUCUUGACUCUCCGUUGUUUGUUAAUGGAAUCGUCGGAGGUGAAUAUGUCGAGAGACUCGUCCGAGUUGGACGAGUCCGCUCGGGGAUCCUCAUCACCCGACCUAGCGCUCGAGCGAGUUCUAUCUCUUUUGAAAUCUCACAGGGACAGGAGCUCCGUUUCUCUGGUCUGCAAGGACUGGUACAACGCGGAACGGUGGUCGAGGACUCACGUUUUCAUCGGAAACUGUUACUCCGUCUCGCCGGAGAUCGUCGCACGGCGGUUCCCGAAAAUCCGGAGCGUGACGUUGAAAGGGAAGCCUAGGUUUUCCGACUUCAACUUGGUGCCGCAGAACUGGGGGGCCGAUAUCCACCCUUGGCUGGUCGUUUUCGCCGCUAAAUAUCCGUUCCUCGAAGAGCUCAGGCUUAAGCGAAUGACAAUCAGCGACGAAAGCUUGGAGUUUUUAGCCGUUUCUUUUCCCAACUUCAAAGCUCUCUCGCUUUUAAGCUGCGACGGUUUUAGCACUGACGGACUCGCCAUCAUUGCCACUCAUUGCAAGAACUUGACUGAGCUGGACAUACAGGAGAAUGGCAUUGAUGAUAAAGGAGGUAGUUGGUUGAGCUGCUUCCCUGAAAGCUUCACAUCAUUGGAAGCACUGAACUUUGCCAACUUGACCAGUGAUAUUAAUUUCGAUGCUCUUGAGAGGCUUGUAGGUAGGUGCAAGUCAAUGAGGGUUUUAAAGGUCAACAGGAGCAUAUCCUUGGAACAAUUACAAAGACUUCUUGUUAAUGCUCUUCAAUUGGCCGAGCUUGGUACAGGCUCAUUCUCACAAGAACUUACUUUCCGCCAAUAUGAAGAGCUUGAAAGCACAUUAAGUAGCUCCAAGAAUAUUCAUACACUAUCUGGUUUGUGGGAGGCCAAGGGCUUACAUCUCCCUGCUUUAUACCCUGUGUGCACACAUCUGACUUUCUUGAGCUUGAGCUAUGCUCCUUUGCAAAGUGGUGAACUCGCUAAGCUUCUUGCUCAUUGUCCACAACUUCGACGCCUCUGGGUCUUGGACACAGUAGAAGACGAAGGACUGGAAGCCGUUGGAUCGAGCUGCCCUUUGCUUGAAGAACUUAGAGUUUUCCCUGCUGAUCCCUUUGAUGAGGAUAUUAUCCAUGGAGUCACUGAAGCUGGGUUUGUUGCUGUGUCUUAUGGUUGCCCAAGACUCCACUAUGUCCUCUAUUUUUGUCGGCAGAUGACUAAUGCAGCUGUAGCAACCAUUGUACAGAACUGCCCUGAUUUUACGCAUUUCCGAUUAUGCAUAAUGGACCCAGGUCAACCAGAUUAUCUCACAAAUGAACCCAUGGAUGAAGCUUUUGGUGCAGUGGUUAAGACAUGCACUAAACUCCAGAGGCUUUCAGUUUCAGGUCUCUUAACCGAUCUGACAUUUGAGUAUAUUGGAAGGUAUGCGAAGAACUUGGAGACCCUUUCAGUGGCUUUUGCAGGCAGCAGUGACUGGGGGAUGCAGUGUGUUCUGACAGGUUGUCCGAAACUAAGGAAACUUGAGAUAAGAGACUGCCCAUUUGGCAAUGCAGCACUGCUGUCAGGUUUGGACAAGUAUGAGUCCAUGAGGUCACUUUGGAUGUCAGCCUGCCAUGUGACAAUGGAUGGCUGCAGGCAAUUGGCAAGGGAGAUGCCCAGAUUGAAUGUUGAGGUAAUGAAGGAGGAUGGAAGUGAUGAUAGUGAAGCUGAUAAAGUCUAUGUUUAUCGUUCUAUUGCAGGCCCAAGGAGGGAUGCCCCACCAUUUGUGCUUACUCUCUGAAAUGCUUGGUAAUCUCUCUGUGUUAUGUUACAAACAACUGGCUUUGGAUGAACAUAUUUUUCAUGAACAAGAUCCCAUGUCCUAGUAAUAACCGAUCUUCAAGCUACUCUGCUAUCAACUUUGUUAAGUUGUCUUAAGACAAGACUUAUUGCUCAGGUACUUUUCUCUGAUGGAGCUGUGUGUAUCUUUUUUUUAAUCAGUUUUUGUUCAUUAUGAAGCUUUAAAUUUCUUACA